GGCGCUGCAUUAGUAGGUGGGGCAAUGCGGGGACAGAGGCUGGGGGUCUCUCAUGUUGCGGGAGCAACACUCGGCCUGAUGGCUGUUGUUUGUGUGGUCUGGGCAGAUGUGGAAGGUGCACCAACUGAUGGUAAAAAUCAGCUAGUAGGUGACAUGCUUUGUCUGGCAGGUUCAUUGCUCUAUGCCUUGGUGACAAUUCUUCAAGAGAUGAUGUUAACCAACCAAUCCUGUUCAGAAUAUUUGGCUCUACUCGGUUGUAUUGGAGGAAUAGUUUCUUGCACGCAAACAUUUUUUCUAGAAUUUGAUGAGCUACUUUUAUUUAAUUGGUUUGAGUUAGACACUAUUAUAGAAUUUGGCAGUUUCUGUGGACUGCAGACUAUAUUUCAAAUAUUACAGAGUUUUAUGGUAAGAGAUGCAGGAGCUAUUAUACUUCAUCUCUCGUUUUUAUCAGCUGAUUAUUACACACUUAUUGCUGGGAUGUACAUUUUCCAAUUCAAGUUUCAUGCACUGUACUUCUUAUCAUACUUCCUGGCAAUGGUGGGUGUAUUCCUGUUCAGUGCGAGGUCCACUCAGCCCCCACCCUCUCCGGAAGCUUUGCCACAGCUCGUGAAUGAUGCUGUAUAUUCCCAGGAUAAUGUGUCUUUGGAAUAUGCAGUACCGACGCUGGAUUGUAUACCUAUAGAGGGUCUAGAGCCGCCCAUGAGUAGAGAUACGACCUUCACUUCGUUCCUCGGAGCUCCUCAGACUACUGUACCCAAUGGUAACUUACUCGGACAAACACAUGAUCACCAAAGUACUUCUAAAGAUUUGUAGCAAGCUUAUUUGGUCCUGUAAGAACGACGCUGAUUUAUUACUGUCAGAAAAAAGGAUACAGUACCAGCACUGAUCUGUAUGAAUGGAUAGGCGAUCGUUUGAAAAUGAUAGGUUUUUUGUUUCGACUGAAAUGCAAUAAAUUUUAAUGACAAGUCUAUCAUUAUUAUGAGCUGAACUCCUCACAGCAACCAAUCGCAAAUGUCAGCUGUAAAAUCGAGUAUGUAAGUUUUUUAUUGCCGAAAUAUAAAAAAAAAAAGUAAUUUGAAACAUUCUUCCAACCGAACAUUGGAAAAAUCUAACAUUUUGUAAGCUUAUAAUCUGACGUGUAAGAAUUGAAAAUAUGUUUUAAGAAGUAUUAGGUAUGGUGGCUUCUAUAUUGUAUGUUAUUGUUUAUUAGAUUUUUCUUUAUAACUAUACUGUGAAAAUGUUUUAAAUAUAUGU